CGGUAUCGUCUGCGGUUGGGCGUGGUAAAUGAGUGGCUUCAAGGCGAUGGAAAGUGACUGGAACUCGGCGGAACCGUACCGAGCGGUUCCACAGAUGGAACUGGGAGAUCCACUGGAGUCAAAACCGGCCGUGAAGCAUGAGGAGAGUAAACAGAAAAGUCCGCAGGGAAAUACGUUCGUGCAGAGCAUGUUUGAUAUGACGCUCAUCACGGUGAACUUCUGCCAGAUCUGUUACAUCCUCAAAGUUGGUCCGGGCCUGGGCAUGCUGUACUAUCUUCUGCUGGGACUGUUCGGUGUAUCAUUGGUGUUGCUGUUCCUGCACGGAUUUAUGGGACUGUUUGAGCGAUUGCGAUGCAGUAAACCAUUACCGAGCGGUUGUUUCAACUGUCUCUACAACUCGUCACUGUUCAUGGUGGUGCUGAUCUACCUGGUGAACCUAGUCGGCAAUGUACUGAUACUGAAGGAAGCCGAAAACAAGUGCCAGCUCAUGCUGGAGCAGCUGAAGCUCGGUCCAUUCGCAGCGAUCACCACGGAUCAGCCACCAAAUGAUAGCUAAUUCGAAUGCAAAUGGCUGUACAAUCGAUAUCAUUAUUAAGACAAAAAUGUGUCUGUAUUUAGCUCACGUUAAACGUUGAAUAAUACCAUUAGUAUCGGUGAAGCUGUGGCAGCUGUGAG